AUGGACGCGUACGCAGCUCAUCAGGCUCAGCCGGGCCCCUUCCUCUCCGCUCCGCCUGACCGACCGCCUCCGACCAUGGACGCGUACCACCACCAGCACCGCUUCGCCGGCCCGGGCUCCGGCGACGCGCCGCCGCCGCCGCAGCAGCAGCUCGCUCCCCCCUCCCACUGGCACCCCGGGCCCGCGCCGCCGUACCACCCUCCCCACCCCUACCCUCCACAGCACCACCAGUGGGGCCCCCCGCCGCCCGACCACCAGCACCCUCAGCCGCCGCCGCCGUACGCUUACCAGCCCCCUCCCCCGCCGCCCCCCGCGCCCGGGAACCCCUGGCCUCCUCACCACGCCGCACCCCAGCCCCCGCCGCCGAGCUACCCGCCUCCGCCGCCGGGACAGGCGUGGCCGAAUCAUUCAUGGGCUCAAAACCAUGGAUACCCAGGGCUUGCCAAUGAGGAUGAUUGGGCCACAAAGGCGAAGGAAUGGGCUGCUGCUAAAUCUGUUGUUACAGAGAAUCACCAGAUUCAGCAGCAUGCAAUACCCCACCAUUAUGGUCAGAAUGAUCAGUAUCAGCAACCAGCUGGCCACCCACCAAUCCCUCAAUCAAGUAGCGACCAGUUGCCGUUUCAAAUGACAGGCCAACAGAGGGAAACGAACUAUUUGCAAGAUAGAGGUCCCAUGGCGCCACCACUGAAGAAUUUUGGUCCAUUCCCAUCCACCUAUGAGCAGGAGGUAUCUUAUAAUUAUUCUUCUGCUCCAGGUAAUGGGAAUGCUAUGCAUCAAUAUCCAAGCCCACAAGCUCAGCCAUCUCUAACUGCCCCAUCAGUUCAAGAUGGAUUUCCUCGAGGGCCUCCUAGUGUGCCUGCUCAUGGUGUACAGUCUUACAGGAUGAUGGCUGAUCCCAGUGACCAACCUUUGGAGUUUGAUAGCAGAAAAGCUCCUGAUAUGGCAGUGCAUCAAACGAUAAAUAUCAGUUCUACUGUUCCAGCAGCAAUGUCUGAACAUGGUACAGCUGCAACAUCAACUCAAUCAUGGGGCCCAUCUGCUUCACUUGGAUUUUACCCUCAAGCUCCAGUACCACCACAAGCACCACAGAUGGAUCCUUCUUUGCAUACUGGGCCACUCUUUGGAGCACUCUCUGGUUCAAACUAUGUUCCACCUGCAGUAUUUGGUGUUGGUAGUCUAACUGAAGCAUUCCCCACAGAUGCAAACCCUUUAUUCGCUGAACGGUCAAAGAAACCUCCAGUACCUAACUGGCUCCGAGAAGAACUUCUAAAGAAAAAAUCUACUCCAGUGAGUGCUUCAGUGCAACACUUGACAAAUUCUGAUUCAAUGGAAUCUGAAGAUGCUGCGGAACCACCAAAAAUAGCUAACGAAACUGAUAGCAGAAGCAUUGGUUCAGCUAAAUCAAUCGAAGAUGAUGAAGAUGAUGAGGAUGAAAUCGAAAAGGCCCGGACAGCAGCAAUCAACCAUGAAAUUAAGCGUGUGUUGACAGAAGUUCUUCUAAAGGUUACGGAUGAUCUUUUUGAUGAGAUUGCGACGAAAGUUAUGAAUGAAGAUGAUUCAUCAGAUAAAAUGAAUGAGACCACCGGUUUCUCUAGCUCAAUGGAUCCUGAUCUGAGAGAAUCAAAAGUCAAGACCACAGCUAAAGUUGUUGUUGCUGCUAAGCCAACCAGUGUUAGCUCUACUGAUCGUUCUGAUGGUGCUGGGUUAAGCUCUCCUAAAGGUGCUCUUCUUGGUCUUGCUAGUUAUGAUUCAGAUGAUGAAGAUGAUGAUGGUGAAGGUGAUGGUAAGAGUUUAAUUUCAAAUUUAUCAUCUGAAAUUAAAGUUGGUGCAGCUCAUCCUGAAGAAAGCGAGAAAAAAUUUGAUGGUGAACAACCCACAGGCAAUAGUGAAAGUAUUGCUUCAGUCCAAAGUGUUUCAGGUGACAAUCAUAAAUCCAGUGAUGCAGGAUCUCGAGGAAGGCCAAACGCAGAAUCCGGAAAAGAGCGAAGCAUUCAUGACACACAGAAUGGAGAAGCCACAACUUCUAUUCAGCCGAUGGGUGCGAUUCAUAAAACAAGUGAAAAGGCACAUGGACACACGGAGAUAGAUUUGAAGAAUGGAAAGCCGUCUUCCGGCCAUCAUUCUGAAAACAAUAAUAAUGUGGAGAGCACUCACAGGCGCUUAGAAAGGAACAGCCAUGAGGAAGAUUUUAAAAAGAGGUGAAGGUUGGCAAUGGAAAAGACUCUGAAUCUUCUAGAUCUGACAAGUUUGGUGAUAGUGACAAACAUGGCGUGCAUGGAAGUAUUGAUAAAAAGGUAGUUACAAAGAGGAAAAAGGCUCAGGCAGGUAUACUAAACAUGGAUCGGAUAGAUGGGAUGAUGCCAAAGAAUAUCGGAAAGACGCCAGAGAGGGAAAGAAAGAUGCCGCUGAUAGAAGAGGAGAGAAAGGAAAUGAUGGGAAUGACGAUAGGUCAAGGCAAAUUACAAGGAGCUCAGCUAGCCACAGCAGUAGAAGGUCACGAUCACCAAGUGGGAGAAGUCGUACUAGGAAUGAGAGUUCUUCACAUGUUCGAGGGAGUGUUUCCAGUGACGAGCCUUCUGAUAAUGCGAAAAGAAAGAGUCAUUCUCGUAAAAAUAGCAUGUCUCCCUCACCUCCAAAAUCUAGGAACAGACGAGUUUCACGGUCUCCACAUAGCAAGCAUCACCGCAGGCAUUCACCUUAUUCAUCUGCCGAGAGGAAGAAGCGCUCCAGAUCCAGAACUCCAGUCAAAAGGAGAUAGAAGACACUAGGUGAUUUGGUUUUGGUCUGAACUAGAGAUGCCUGGUUUGUUGCCCCCUGUCCUUCUGUUGAAGAACAUCGAUCACACGGCUACGAGACUGAGACCCACGGAAGAAGGUACUGGUGAUGUAGCUUUCAACAAAGAAGACGAGGCUUGCUCUGAUAGAUGUUUGAAGGAUGAUGCAUGGUAUCCAGCAGUUUGUGUACGGAGAAUCAACUAAAGUACCACACAAAAUGGAAUGUCAUCCAAAUCUAGGAUAUGUACUAUUUUGUAGAGACAAGCGAUGGACUUCAUUAUUUGUAGCACUAGCGUCCCAUUAACCUGUAUUUGCUUUUUGAGGGCAUGUACUUAUGCAAGGAUACUCGUAAAGUAAGCUAUCUAGGCCCAAUUUCGUAACGACAUGCUGCAGUGUAAUUUGUAUUGUUAAUUUGUUAUCAUGCAUAUGGUCUAUUCCCUGCUGGAAA